CCGCUGCGGCACUCCAGCAUCCUCUCCUGGCCGGUGGUGGUAGCCAUCGGGAGGCUGGUGCUGGUGCGUGGGGUUCUCCUGGUGAGUCCCACCUGCUUCCUCCUCCUCAGGGUGCCCUUCUGUCAGCAUUACAUCAUCCCCCACUCCUACUGCGAGCACAUGGCCGUGGUGAAGCUGGCAUGUGGGGAUACCAGAGUCAAUGCCAUUUAUGGCCUCUUUGUGGCUUUAGUAGUGAUAGGAUCUGACACAAUCAUCAUCUCUGUGUCCUACGCCAUGAUCCUGCUGGUGGUCAUGAGGCUGCCAUCCACAGAGGCACGACUCAAGGCCUUCAGCACUUGUGCAUCCCAUGUCUGUGUCAUCCUUGUCUUCUACACCCCUGCCAUCUUCAGCUUCUUCACCCACCGGUUUGGGCACAGCAUCCCUCCCCGUGUCCAUAUAAUGGUGGCCAAUCUCUACCUGCUGGUCCCCCCCAUGUUAAACCCCAUUGUUUAUGGGGUGAAAACCAAGAAGCUCUACGAUAGGGUGGUCAUCCUCUUCCAGCGCAAGGGAAGCUGA